UCAAUGCGCAAAUUGACAACAGAGAUUGACAAGUUUAUUUUGACUUGACUUCUCCAUUGUAAAAAAUUAACCAAAAAUAGUUACACAAAUAUUUAAUCGAAAAGUUAUAAAAAACCUAAGAGGUAUUUGUUUAUAUAUUUAUCCCGUUCAAGAAGUCAGUACAUCUUAGUGUAGUUUUAAAAAUGAUUUUAAAUACUCAGAAAUUUUUACUAAAAAACUUAAACAACACAAGGAAACUUCUAAACAUUAGAUUAUUGAGCACCGUGGGAGAUGAAAAAUAUAAAGGAAAUUACGACGUGAUAAUCGCAGGAGGUGGAAUGGUCGGCUGUACCUUAGCAUGUGCUAUGGCAAAAAACCCUUUACUAUCAAGCUUGAAAGUAUUACUAUUAGAAGGUAGUCCAGACAAGAAAUUUGAAUUGAAGCCUGAAUACAGCAACAGGGUGGUUGCUUUGAGUCAAAAUACAAAAUUGCUUAUGUCCUCUAUCAAUGUGUGGCAGCAUGUGGAAAAUAUGCGACUUCAACCAGUAAGACACAUGCAGGUGUGGGAUGCUUGCUCUGAUGCAAUGAUAUCCUUCAGCAGUUCUGAAAUCCUAGAUGAUGAUGUAGCAUACAUAGUUGAAAAUGAUGUUUUACUACAUGCUGUCAACACAGAGUUAAACAAAACGAAUAAUAAAAACCUUGACAUAGUAUAUGGAGCCAAGAUAGACAGCUAUAAACUACCAACUAGUACAGACAGAGAACUAAAGAGCUUGGUGAAGUUGGCGAAUGGUGAUGCAUACUCAUGUCAAUUACUGAUAGGCGCUGAUGGUGCUAAUUCGGCCGUACGGCGAGCAAUGGGAGUACAAUACGUCUCGUGGAACUACAAACAAAUGGGCGUUGUGGCCACCCUCCACUUGGCCGAGGAAACAGAAAACACGACAGCGUGGCAGCGAUGGUUGCCGACAGGACCAGUGGCUCUCUUACCCUUAGAUUCAAAACGUAGUUCCUUGGUCUGGUCGACUUGGGAAGAAAACGCUAAAGAACUUCUAAAAUUACCCGAAGAACAGUUCGUAGACGCACUUAACGACGCUUUAGUAAGUACCGGUUUAUCUUGAUAAUUAGCUUAGGCUAUUUUUUAUUUCGGUAUUUGUUUCCGUGGGAAGU